UCUAUCAACAAAUCUCUUGCUUCCCAAAUCAAUUAAUGGCGGUGGACAGCAUCAACGCAGUUAAUCUAUUAUAAAAACAACUAGACGCUGGUGUACUAAGCUCAUACAGAAUGGAAUCCUUACCUAGUAAAGUCGUUAUCUGCUUAGCAUUAAAGUGUUUUCUGCUGGCCGUGGUUCUGGUUGUGGUUCCAUCGAGCUUCUCCCUGGCAUCCUCCGUCCAGGUGAUGUACGAAAGAGUGGAUCAAUACAAUGGUAGCGACUACCUUGUGUUUAAGAAUUUGCGAAUCCGCAAGUUCAAUCGUACGAUUUCUGUGUUGGAUGGCGAGUUCGAGUUGUUUCACGACUUGAACGAUAGUUACGCUCUUUCGUUGGUGCUUUCGUACAGCACCCUGGGCAAUAAUCAGUUCAUUCGAUCACCGUUCCGAAUUCCACAGCAGAAAUUUUGUCAAUUUUUGAACACAACGUACAGAGAUUAUCGCGAGUUUUACCGCAACACCACCAACUUCCCCGACGUAGGCACCUGCCCGAUGCCCGGUCAGCUGUACUAUAUUCGGAAUAAAGUGCUGGACGUUAACUUGAUCAAUCCAGCAUUUCCGAAAGGUCUUUGGCGUGUUGAUAUUUUGAUUUUCCACGACGGAGAAGAUUAUCCAAUCGUAACGGUAGAGAUGUAUAUUAAAGUCACUCACGAGGAUGCCUUUUAGGUGCAUGAAUUCCCGUUUGCGCAUGCUUUUUGUAACAAACAAAGCGGGAAUGUUUUUCAAUUUAUUUCAUCUAUUAAUAAGUAGUCUUAUUGUUAUGUUACAAAUCUCUCUGAUAAGAAGAGAACCACCAUGCACCAUGAUUUGAUGCAUUUUCUGUCUCUGGU